GGUUGUUAAUUGGCCACCCUGAAAAUGUGGCGGCAAAAUUCUUUCCCGGUAGCGGCAAGAGACUCUCUGAAGUUCUUCGCACGUUCUAUUUUCUGUUUUAGCGAGUAAUAUUUUGCCUUUCGAUAAUUUUUCUUUUUUUUUUCAGGGAAAAUGGGAUUCUGAUCAUAGCAUUUCUGACGAGGAAGAUUUUGACGGAGAUUUGAGAGAAAAUUGUGUUUCUUUGACUGGAAAUACACUGAAAGAGGUUACUUUAUUUACUUCCCUUUUUAACUACUGCAAUGAGUGCAAGUUUUACUCUUAAAUCAGUGAUCAAGUUCUUAUCAUUUCUUUUAUAAAAAAAAAAUAGGAAGGAUGGGAACUUCAGUCACGACUGGAUAUCCUUCGAGAAGCAAACAAGUUUCAAAAUCGACGAUGAGCUCGAGAUGCCUGAUUUCCCUAAUGAGGGUACUUUCUUUUUCUCCCCUAGAAAAGGAUCUGCACAUAACUCUAAAGAUGAAGUCGAUUGUGAUGACGAGGAUAAACAUGCAUUGUUGGAAUAUUCAGUUAUGUCCAGUGACACAAAGUCUGAUAAAGGUAAUAAUAAUCUUCGAGGUUUUGGAAGGGAGAAGCAAGCUGAAGCAUGCACAUGGUCCCUGGUGAAUAAAGAGGCUGAGACACUAAUCAAUUUGAAUGAGAACUCACUCUCUUCCCAUUCUGCUUAUUAUAAAGGAAACAAAUCUCAUAAAGGUAUCAGAGGCAAAGCCAAGCCAAAAUUUGCUUUCCAUUUUCAGUCACACAAAGAUGGACUUUAUCAACCUUUUAUUUCUAAAGAUAAAAAUCCCAUCACAUUCAAGGUUGAUGAUAGGCCUGAAAGAUCGGAAACAAUUGAGAAUAAAAAUCCUGAAAAUUUAAGUCCUGUGUUUCAUGAGGAAUUUUUUGGAGAAAAUGUGAACCUGUCAGAGAUUGAGCCUGUGGAAGCUGAAGCUCUUGGCAAUGGCUUUUUUGACCAUUCAAUGGCUGAAAUUUUGGAUGGCCUUCAGGAUAAGAAAAUUCAGCCAAGGGGAAAUUCUAAAUGGUUUAGCAGAACAAAAUCAAGAAGGGGACAGAUAGUCAUGAAGAGAAGUAUGUCUUUAUUGGGAGAUAGAAUCAUUGAUGAUGAAGACCAACCUGAGCUGAUGGCUAAUGGAUCAUCUAGUGAUGACGAGACCAAUCAUCAGAACAUAAACCUUGCUGACCUGGAGAUGAAGAAGCGAACUAUCGCUGAUCGCUUUCAGGAAGCUUUAGCUGCUACCUCUGUGAGUGAUGAAGGGGUCAUUUCUGCAGCAGCUAAACCAUCAGGUAUUGGUUUGUUUGGGAAGUUGCAGCAGGUCACACAGACUGAAAGGGAAAGAGAUUCUGAGUUUCUGAAAAAGCUACAGAUGGAAGCAAACCCAAAUAGUGAACCAUACUCCAUAGUUGUAAAGAUCCUGUCCAGAUGCUUUGAUGCAAAGCUGAUAGUUUGUCAUUGCACUUUUGGUGAGAAUAUAAAGGAUUCCCAGUCACCAGAGGACUCCAAAACAUUUGUUGAUAGAGGAAGGACUAGAACGGUUAUUUUUAGUCCAAGAGUUUGCAGCAAUGUUGACCUUGAUUUAGGGAACUUGAUUUGUAUUUACCCUCCCUGGAAGGAGGUUCAAGUAAUUGGGAGUGAUGAAUUUGUUAUUCUAACAACAUAUUUCUCCCACGUUUCAGCGUGAUCUGUUCAGGCUCAGGGAGCAGGAGAUGAGUAUCUGUAUUACUCUCGUGGUAGAAUAACCUGUUUGGUUGCACUUUUGUAUGCAUUCAUGCUCUUCAUCCAACUGACUAGGAGGAGGAAUACAUAUGGUGCUAACCCAAUUUUUUAUCCUCAUUUUUGUUCCUUUAAUUGAUGCAUAAGAUACCUGUGCAAGUUGGCUCUUGAUGUUUAGAAAUCUAUUCAGAUAAAUACCCUUCCCAAAUUUUGU